GCAUUUUAGUAUCCGAGCACUUCAGAGCGGUGGCGGAGUGUCGGUUUAGCGGCGUGUUCCUCUGACCUGUAGCGUGAACCUGGUUUAAAAAAAAAAAUAGAAGAAGAAGAAAAGGAGGAGGAGGAGGAAACAACUCUCGUGUUACUUCUAAAUCAGUGUCUCGCAGCAGCUGUCUUGAGCUGAUCUGUCCUUCUGCGAAGAGCCGCGAUGACGGAGGAACUGGAAGGAAUUCUGUCCCGGCUCGCGCAGCCCGACGGCGCGCUCGUCCACCAGGCCACGGCUGAGCUGAAGCAGGCGUUCCGGGACCCGGCGGUGAUUCCGUCUCUGUGUUCGGUGAUGAUCAAUUCCUCGGACCCACAGAUCCGUCAGUCGGCGGCCGUGAUGCUGAGAAUGAGAGUGAUGAAACACUGGAAGAAGAUCAGACCGGAGCACAGGGAAAGUCUGAAGUGUGAGGUGCUGCACGCCUUCCAGAAAGAGAAGGUGCACUCGGUGCAGCACUCUCUGUCCCAGCUUAGCGCUGCGCUCGUGAAGCGGGAGUCACCUGAGCGCUGGCCAACGCUGUUCCUGCUGCUGAACGAGUCCACGAGGAGCACUGACCCCCAGGAGAGACAAGUGGGCUUGCUGCUGCUAAGCAAGGUGGUGGAGUCGAACCCAGAGCCUUUCAAGCCUCAUUACUGCCAGCUUCUGCAGCUGUUCAGUAGUGUGCUGGAGGAGCUUGGCGAUCCCAGCUGCCUCUAUUACUCCAUCCUCACCGUCACCGCCAUCACGGCCUACACCGGCACUGAGGAGAUGAACCUGAUGCGCGCCCUCAUCCCCAAGCUCAUCGUGGCCCUCAAGCACCUGAUCAAGUGCGACCAGGACCAGGCCAGCGAAGCGAUGGAGGUCUUCGAUGAGCUCAUCGAGAGCGAAGUGUCCAUCCUUGUGCCUUACAUCUCUGAAAUCGUUUACUUCUGUCUGGAGGUCACUCAGGACACUUCUCUCAGCGACUCGCUGCGUGUCAAGGCUCUGUCCUGCAUUUCUGUCCUCAUUAGGCUCAAAAGCAAGGCUGUUCUGAAGCACAAGCUGUUGAGCCCCAUCCUGCAGACUGUGUUCCCUGUGCUUAGCACAGCGCCCCCUCCAGGCCAGGAGGACCCAGAAGACAGGGCACAAGACGAAGAUGAUGAUGAAGACGACGACAAUGGCAGUGAGAAUCCCAAACACUUGGCAGCUCAGGUGAUUGAUUCGCUGGCUCUCCACUUGCCCCCUGAGAAACUCUUCCCGCAGCUGAUGCCCCUGACAGAGGCCUGCUUAACCAGCGAGAACCCCUACGAGCGCAAGGCUGGCCUCAUGUGUCUGGCAGUGCUGGCUGAGGGCUGCGCAGAUCACAUCCGUAACAAGAUGCUGUCGUCCAUGCUGCAGACAGUGUGUCGCAGCGUGUCGGAUAACAGCGAGGUGGUGCGCAGCGCCGCUCUCUUCGCCCUCGGCCAGUUCUCAGAGCACUUGCAGCCACAGAUAAGCAAGUACAGUGCGGAGCUGAUGCCAUUGUUGCUAGGAUACCUGUCCGGGCUCAACCACUCCAAGACGGGCCACGUCACGAAAGCCUUCUACGCUCUGGAGAACUUCCUGGAGAAUCUGGGAGAGGACAUCCAGCCCUACCUCCCAACCCUGAUGGACAACAUGCUCACUGCCCUCAACCAUUCAGAGAACCUGAAGAUCAAGGAGCUGGCAGUUAGUGCCAUUGGGGCCAUUGCCAAUGCAGGAAAGGAGCUCCUUGUGCCGUACUUCCCCCCAGUGAUCGAGAGCUUGAAGGGCUUCCUGACAGACACUCGGGAUGAAGUGAGGUCCCUGCAGACACAGGCGCUGGAUACUUUGUCGGUGCUGGCUCGUACCGUGGGCCACGACGUGUUCGGCCCAUUGGCAGCGGAGUGUGUACAGUUGGGCCUCAACCUUACCGACGCCGUGGACGAUCCUGACCUGCGUCGCUGCACGUACAGCUUGUUCUCGGCUGUGUCCUCGAUCAGCCCUGACUGCCUCCAUCCUCACCUCCCAGCUGUCACCACCAUCAUGGUCCUGGCGCUCAAGUCCACAGAGGGAGUGACGGCGCACCAUGAGGAGGACAAGCAGUUUCUUCUGAUGGAUGAUGAUGAUGAUGAUGAGAAGGAGGGGGGAGAAUGCGAUUCUGUUUUGGAAGAAAAUAGUGAAAAUGAGGGAGAAGAUAGAGAUAUUGUUGGGUUCAGUGUUGAGAACGCCUACAUUGAUGAGAAGGAGGACGCGUGUGACGCCCUGGGUGAAAUCGCCUUCAACACGGGCGUUGCCUUCUUGCCCUACCUGGAGUCCAGCUUCCAGCAGGUGUACGAGCUGCGCGAUUUCCCACACGAAGGUGUCCGUCGGGCCGCCUUCACGGCACUGGGCUACUUCUGUAGAGCUCAGCAUAAAGUGUGGAAGGAGAAUCCCACUGAGGACAACUACCAGGCCCUGCAGAAGCUCUUGUCCGUGGUCUUGUCCAGCUUCCUUGAGGCCGUGAGGCAGGACCGCGAGAGGCACGUGGUAAUGGCCGUGCUGGAGUCCAUGAACUCCGUCCUGAAGUCCUGUGAGGGCGAGGCUCUGCGGGACCCCGAGCGCCUGCUGGCCAUCAGCCAAGUCAUCCUGGAUGUUCUCAAGAAGAAGACGGCAUGCCAAGAUGGGACGGGCGCGGACGAAGGAGAUGACGAGGAUGAGCAGCAGGCUGAGUACGAUGCCAUGCUGCAGGAGUUCGCCGGCGAAGGGAUUCCCCUGCUGGCAGCCGCUGUCCCAGCUGAGACUUUCUCUCCUCAUCUCAGAGAGCUGCUGCCCCUCAUCGUCAGCAAGGCUAAGGCAUGCUGCACUGUGUCGGACCGCUCCUUCUCUGUGGGGACGCUCGGGGAGACCCUUCAAGCUCUGACGCGCGUGCAGGGAGGCAGGCAGCUUGCCGGAGAGCUGUCUGAGCAACUGAUGCCCGUGCUGGUCACCGGGGCGAAGGACUGUGAUGCCGAGGUGCGCAGCAACAGCGUCUUCGCUCUGGGGGCGCUAGCCGAGGCUGCCGGACCCGCCAUCGUGCAACAGUACCCAGUGAUACUCGGCCUCUUCUCCUCCCUGCUCUCCAAAGAGGAGGACCCGCGAGCUGUCGAUAACCUGUGUGCAGCUCUCUGCAGAAUGAUUGUGAGCAGCCCUGGGAGCGUUCCGCUGGACCAGGUGUUUCCAGUCCUACUGUCUCACCUUCCUCUCAAGGAGGACCUGGAGGAGAACAAGACUGUGUUUGGCUGCCUGGCGUUUCUGUAUUCCCACAAUCCUGCACUGGUUCUGAAUCACCUGAGCACCAUACUGUCAGCCGCCAGUCAAGUUCUGACUACGAAAAAUAUUGAUGCAGAAACCCAGAACGCCACAGUGCUUUUGUUGCGAAGCUUGUCCAAGCAUCACUCUCAGGAGUUCGAGGGUGCUGUGAUGUCACUUCCUGAGGAGCAGAGGAGCGCGCUAACCGCGGUCGCCAUUCAGCUCUAGCCUCGUCCCAGAAGGCCGGUGAAGCUCGGUUUAUGUCGUUGACCCAAAAACGAAGCCUUUGUCUACAACAUGAUUGUCAUCGGCCAAGUGUAUCUUGACAUCAGAUCUUACUGUGUUUCACCACAAUGUGUUUCUUUUUUCCUUCUUCGGUUGUAUUGCCCUCACUCUCCAUCUGCUCUUUCUAAGAGUUUGCAGUGAAAUUUGUGCUACCGGUGUGAGGUUUGGAGUGAGCAGUGAGCAGAAGACAGUGGACUGUAUACAAACUAAUUUUUUUUUUUCUUCCCCCCCUUUUAUCAGUGACGGUAUUGUUUGAUACUCACCAUUUGUACUGUAUACUUUACACUGUCCGCUAUCCACUCUGUUACUAACUCCGAUUCUUUUCCCAGUGGGAAACAAUGAACAAUGAACUCCUCAAUAAAUAUG